UCGUUCAAACCAAACCAUAAUGUCGCUGCUUUGUUCGGCAAAGAAGAAAAGUUUGCGUCUAUUGUUGUUCGCCGCCCACUCAACCAGAUGGAACUGAAUUUGAUAGGUGACGUCAGAAGUGGGAUUGCCUAGAACGGCGGCGGAGCUCGUGUGCCCUCGGGUAUUUCCGGACGUUGGUUUAAAUCCCCGCCCCGCUUCAUUCCUGCGUUGUUUGGGGACAGUAGGAAGAUGGCGGCGGCCCCGCUGUACUGUGUCUGCCGGCAGCCGUACGAUGUGAGCCGGUUUAUGAUCGAAUGCGACAUCUGUAAGGACUGGUUCCACGGCAGCUGCGUGAAGGUCGAAGAGCAUCAGGCCGUGGACAUCGAUGUUUACCACUGUCCCAACUGCGAUGUCGUACACGGACCCUCCCUGAUGAAAAAGCGCAACAACUGGCAUCGGCACGACUACACGGAGCCGGACGACGGAUCGAAGCCAGUUCAAGCUGGAACCUCGGUGUUUGUCAAGGAGCUGCAGAACAGGACCUUUGUCAAUGGCGAGGAGAUUCUGAUGAGAAUGAAGGGUGAGGUGGUGACGCCCAGGUACCUGGAGAGACACGGCUUCAACUACCCCAUGGCGGUCACUGAGAUGGAAGGUCUGGGACUCAAACUACCUCCUCCUACUUUCUCCGUCAAAGACGUGGAGCAGUAUGUCGGUGGUGACAAAGUGGUGGAUGUGAUCGAUGUGGCGCGGCAGGCCGACAGCAAGAUGAAACUCAGUGAGUUUGUCAAGUAUUUCACCAAGUCCCAUCGACCCAAGGUUCUCAACCUCAUCAGCCUGGAGUUCUCUGACAGCAAGAUGUCACAGUUGGUGGAGGUUCCUGACGUGGCUCAGAAAAUGUCCUGGGUGGAGAACUACUGGCCGGACGACUCCUUUUUCCCCAAACCCUUUGUCCAGAAGUACUGUCUCAUGGGGGUCAAGGACAGCUACACAGAUUUCCACAUAGACUUUGGAGGCACCUCCGUCUGGUACCACGUUCUCUGGGGGGAGAAGGUUUUCUACUUGAUCAAACCCACUCUUGCCAACCUUGCACUAUACGAGGCGUGGAGCUCCUCGCCCAAUCAGAGUGAAGUGUUCUUUGGAGACAAAGUGGACACGUGUUACAAGUGUGUCGUACCCCAGGGAACCACCCUGCUCAUCCCUACAGGCUGGAUCCAUGGCGUGCUCACCUCUCAGGAUUGCAUGGCUUUUGGAGGGAACUUCCUUCACAACCUCAACAUUGACAUGCAGCUCAGGUGUUAUGAGAUGGAGCGUCGUCUGAAAACCCCAGACCUCUUUAAGUUUCCGUACUUUGAGGCCAUAUGUUGGUAUGUGGCCAAGAACCUCCUGGAAAUUCUGAAAGAGCUCCGCGAGGACAACUGUCCACCACCAACCUACCUAGUGGAAGGAGUCAAGGCUUUAAUCAGUGCACUGAAGACCUGGCUGAAGAGAGAGGUGACUGAGCCCAACAGUGAGGUACCAGACCACAUCAGGCCCAACCAUCUCAUUAAAGAGCUGACCAAGGAAAUCCGCCACCUCGAGGAAGAACCAGGAAGUGUGGGCAAGCCGGUGAAAUCUCAGGGAAGUGGCUGCGCGCUCAUGUCUGGAUCCAACGUCUGCCCGCCCGCUCGCUCCACACUGGAGAGGCUGUGUCAGGCGCGGCGGGCGAGGAGAGCCGCCAGGCGGCUGAGGGAGCAGCAGCAGCAGCAGCAGCAGCAGCAGCCAGGGCAGCAGCAGCAGCAGCAGCAGCCGCAGCAGCAGCUGGGGCAUGAGCAGCAGCAGCAGCAGCAGCAGCCGGGGCAUGAGCAGCAGCAGCAGCAGCCGCAGCAGCAGCUGGGGCAUGAGCAGCAGCAGCAACACGCACCCAAAGGUCCCUCCAACCUGGACAUCUUAGAGCGGCACACCAGAGAGGUGCUGAAGAGGCUGGAGGUGGGACCACUGGAGGAGGAUCCAGCGUUCUGUGCGAAGGUUCACGGGAAGUUGAACAAAGCGUCGACGGCGUCGUCGGCAGCAGCUGCUGCUGAGUCUUUAGAGGACAACCAUCUGCGGCUCAUGCUGGUCAACGGCAGAAUCAUCAGAGACAUGAGGCGGCCGGGCAGCAGCCCAGUGAAGUCGGAGGUCGGUCAGAGUCCACCAAAGAGUCGCGUGGACGCGAAGACGGAGCGACGAGCGCAGGACGGUGACGAGCGGCACGAGCGACACAGAGCCUCGCCCCUCAGAGGCGUGGAGACGGUGAAGACUGACCUCAGGGAAGACGUGUCUGACGUGUCUGACGCGUCUGACGUGUCUGACGCGUCUGACGUGGAGUCACACGCUGACUCUCCCACACAGCGUAAAGCAUCGUUGUCCUCGUCGUCUUCGUCCGACGAGGAUUCACAGAGUUCGGAGGAUGAGGACGAAGACGAGGAUGAGGAGGAGGAGGGGGAUGAGAAGGAGGAGGAAGAAGGCUCAGGGCUCGACACAGAGCUGGACCAGUCCGGUCAGAAACUCAGGCACAAACACAAACCACUCAAACGAGACCGUCCUACCUCACCCAGCACACAGGACGCCAUUCAGGGGAUGCUGUCCAUGGCUGGACUGCUGUGUCCCUCCGAGCCAGAGAAGACAGGUCUGUCCCAGGAGUCCUGGUGGUCCGGCUCCAGCCAGAGGGAGGAGGUGCAGCAGCACCAGCGCCUCCUGCAGGGAGCCAAGAGCCCGAUGGACAGUCAGGGCAACAGCAGCAGCGAGGCCUGGGACAAUCAGGGGCCCCCCAGCCCCCCCAGCCCAGAGACGGAAUACCAGUACUGUGAUCCCUCCAUGUCUCCACCGCUGCACCCCUCCAAGAGACACGCCCCCAACCCCCCACCUAUCAGCAAUCAGGCCACCAAAGGCAAACGGCCCAAAAAAGGAAUGGCUACAGCCAAGCAGAGACUGGGAAAGAUCCUGAAACUCAACAGACGCAGUCGUGUCUUUGUGUAACUCUCCAACAACUCACACACACAAACACACAAACACACACACACACACACACGGCAGACGUGGGGAAAAAAGACAAGAAGAAGAAGAAGAAGAAGAAGAAGAAACAUUUGUGUAUUUGUUAGUGGACACUUGUGGUGCUGGAGACUCCUGGACUUGACUGUGCAUGCUGAAGGAGACAGGGUAACUGGGUUUGACACAUGCAAGCGCACGACUUCACUACAAGCACACCAGGGACGCCGUCCGUCUGUCUCUCUGCUGCAGGGACACGAGGACAGGAAGUCUGACGGACGUCCACCAGACGACAGAGAAACGAAAUAACAACCGCGUCCGAUGCCGAGAUCAUCUGCGUCACGCUCGCUUAAAACUCCACCGUCACCACGACGACGACGACGAUGAAGUGAAACGGAGCUUCAUCUCUUGCAGGGUUUUCUCUUUUCGUUUGUGCCAAGGAGGACAAAGAAAAUUUCAAAAUGGUGCUUAUUGUUUAUACUUUACCCCGCUCAUAUUCCCCGCCCCCCGACUCUGCCCCCGCCCCCUUUUAUCUCAGUCACACCAGCAAUGACUUUACGAGGAGGAAGAUCGGAGCCAGAGUUUGGAUGUCGCAGAUCUGCGCUGUUGUCUCGUGAGGAGGAGGAGGAGAAGAAGAAGAAGAAGGAGGAGUCUCGUCUUUCUUGGGGAUUUUCUUUUGUUCAUUUUUGGAGAAGGGGAAGUCGCUCCACAGCGCCGCCCCCUGGUGAAUUUGUGUCAGUAGGAAUUUGGAGUCAUUGACGCUAAAACAAAAGAACAAACUGACAAUGACUCGUCUGCUUAAUUUAUUUCCUGUUUUAUGUGAUGUUGCUUUUCUUUUAUAUAUAAAUGUGUUUUUGUUUUUUUAUGAA